AUGAGUAACUCAACAAGAUCCAGAUCCAAUUAUGGCUUUAAAGCCAUUAUUUUGGCAAUUUUAACGACUGCCACAGUCGUUACAUCGCGCUCACCAAUCCCUUCUGAUGGGAAAAAAUUAGAGAGCUGGUUCAAGGAGAAUGUCAAGCCUGCCUCGCAGCGAAAAGGCACCUUAGACCCUCUCCUGGCGGAAGCAGAGGUUGAACCGACCAUCAUAAGAGUCAGAAAAGAUGGGGCUGGAGAUUUCAAGACCAUAAAUGCAGCGAUCAAGAGUGUGCCGUUAGCAAACAAGAAACGAGUAAUUAUUUGGAUCGGAAGUGGAGAUUACCACGAGAAAGUCUGUGUCGAUAGAAACAAACCAUUCAUUACCUUGUAUGGAGAACCUGGCAAACUGACAAGGAUUCUGUUUGAUGACACCGCAGAAAAACGUGGAACCUUUGACAGUGCCACCCUCAUAGCCCUGCCUGAUUACUUCAUGGCUGUUAAUCUCGUUAUUGUCAAUUCGGCGCCAAUGCCUGACUAUAAAAAGACUAAAGGGCCACAAGCUCUUGCAAUGCGGAUUGAUGGAAACUGGGCUGCGUUCUAUAACUGCAGAUUCAUUGGCUUCCAGGAUACGUUAUGCGACGAUAGAGGCUCCCACUUCUUCAAGGAUUGUUACGUCGAAGGAACUGUUGAUUUCAUUUUCGGAAGAGGAACCUCCUUAUAUUUGAAUACAGAAAUUCACGUUGUCGAGACGAAUGGAUUGAGGGUGAUAACUGCUCAAGGAAGAAACAGUGCCAAGGAAUCCACCGGAUAUUUGUUCGCUCACUGUAGAAUAACAGGGAAAGGAACAGGAAUAUACUUAGGAAGGGCAUGGAGAGCUGCUCCAAAGGUUGUCUAUGCCUACACUGACAUGAGUAAUGUGGUUCAUCCCGAAGGAUGGAGCCAUAACUUUAGACCCGAACGUGCACAUACUGUUUUCUACGGAGAAUACAAGUGUACGGGAGCUGGAGCUAGUCAUGUCGGCAGGGUUAAGUACACGAAGCAAUUAACUGAUGCUGAAGCAAGAACCUUCUUGACUCUUGAAUAUAUCCAGGCAUCCAAAUGGCUGCUACCUCCCCCAAAAGUUUAA